UGCAGCGUCACUAGCGCCAUAAUCGUUUACCUACCGAAGAGGCAAGUGCACUACCACCUACAACCUACAUUUCUUAUCAGUUGCAACUGGUUAUCUUUCUCUCACGUGAAUGAAAAUCGAAAAUUUUGGUUACCGGCAUCGAUCUCUCUGAAACAUGAAAUGUGAAUUACUUUGCAAGAAAUUUAGAAUCAUUUCGUAUUCGUAGUGUUUGAAGUUAUCAAGUUUGAGUGGUUGUACAGUUAUCCGAAGUCAUGCUCAGACCUUUCACGUUAUCGAAGUGCCUGCGAGCCAAACGCGAAAAACGACCCCUAGUUCUCGAACCGAUGUACGAUUUCACGUUCAAGAAGUUGUUUGAUCCAACGAAAAAUAAGCCUGUUCUUCGAAAUUUCCUCAACAGCAUGUUAUCCGGGAUAUCUCUCAUGAACGGUGACAAAAUAGAAAAUGUCGAAUUACUAGAUUCAAUUCCUGAUUUUUCCAUAGAUGCUGCUAAAGAAGUAAAACAGGAUGUUUUAACUAAUGUAUUAUGCAAGUCUACGAAUGGCGACCAGUUCAUCGUGAAUUUGAGUAUGCAGCAACAGCACCACCCGCAUUUUUCGACCCAUUUGCAGUGGCAUGGAUUUCACAUUUAUGGAAAGCAAGUCAGUGAAGAAAAAUUAUAUUCUUCGCCUCGAGGCUUCGAGUUAUUAAAACCAGUCGCCAUGUUGGCAAUAUGCAAUUUCUCAAUGUUUUGCGAAAAACAGAAUUAUAUAUCAAGAUAUGAGUUCAGAGAAGAAAAUUUCCCGAAUGAACAAACAUUUUUGUCAAAACUGAUAUCGUAUGUGUUUGUUGAACUGCCCAAAUUUUCAAUUACCAACCUCGAUGAAAUUCAGACUGACGCUGAUAAAUGGAGUUUCUUUCUCAAGUACGCUGCAGAUGAAGAUCAAAAGUCAGCGAUUCAACAACUCGUAAAUAGUGAUGCGGAUUUUAAAAAAGCCCACGAAGUAUUGCAAGUUGAUAACUGGUCUUUGGCUGAAUUGGCUCAGUUUGGCGAGGUUGCCACUGAUGAUCUCAUUGAAACUAUUCGUCGCGAAGAACAACGAAAUAUGGUCGAGAACAUGUUACGAAAUGGCGUGGAUCCUUGUGUUAUAUCGAAAGUGACUAGUUUGGAAAUGAACGAAGUUGAAGAGUUGAGAAAGCAAACCGAAGUUGAAAAAGAUCAUCAAGUGUAGUUUAUAUCUAUCUUUGUGUUCCUUCAUGCUCAGUUUUUUUUAAAUGUUUAUUUUUACCAAAUUAUUCAUAAUGAACAGAUUUUUUCCUUUUUUGUUUCUACGUAAAGAUGAAGUAUAAAAUUGAUUUUUGUUAUCUAGUGAGAAUAAAUCGUGAUGUUUAGCAAUA